AUGACGGCGUUCCAGAGCAUGAUGUUGUUGUCGUGCGGCGCGCCGCUGAUCCCGGCCGGUGGGUCAUGCUGCAGCCGCUUGAAGUCCCGCAUCAGGCGCUUUCUCGACGGCGUCGACAUCUCCGCCGCCGGCGCAGACUCCUCGAACCCGCUAGGGCUCACGUACGCACGCACUCUCCCCGCCAGUCGCUUCGGCCAGGUUUAUUGCGUCCGGAAUAGACGAAGGAGAGAAUGUGAGGACAUCUACAAUCUACAACAUGGGCAUACCGACGCGUCCCAAUCAUUUUCCCCUUAA